AAAACACAAGAAAAUUAAAAUGCGCAACUCUUAAAUAACUCGCACUCUCUUUUUUCUCUCUCUUUCUUCGCGGCCGCCAAGCUUAAACCUCUGAAACCCCUCAACUAUGGCGGACAAGAAGAGGAAAUCCAGCGAUGGUGCAAAGCAGUUACAGAGGAGAGAGAAAAUACCGAAGAAAUUCACCAACAAAAAAUCACACCCUAUAUCUUCUGGAAAACGCCGUGGUGGUGGAAGUGGAGGCGGAGGAGAGAGAAGAGGUCCUCGAUUACCGUCGGCGUUUAGGAAGCAGCUUGAUAACCUCGGAAACCCUAAUUUAUAUGGUAAUAGUGAUGAUGAUGUUGAAGAUGAUGAAGUUAUUGAUUCGGAUGAAGGUGAAUUGAAUUAUGUUAAGGAUUUGUAUGAGUAUGAGGAGGAAGUUGCGGAGGAGGAAUCGAAGAAGAAUCGACGAUUUGAUCAUGUUGAGAAUUAUGAGUAUGAGCUUCCUGAGAAAUUCAAGGAUGAAGACAUACUCUCUGAGGAUGACGACGAUCUAGGUCCUGGAGAUGAAGAUGAUGAUUCCAUUGACAAGGAGUAUGAUGAGGGAAGGCAUGCAAGAAUGCUAGAGGAUAUUACUGGAAUCCAUACUCAGGCUUUUGCUGACAAAAAGAGGAAGAGACGUGCUGCUGUUUCAGAGGCUUAUCCAGAAUCUGAAUUUAACCCUAGCCGUGAUGUCCUCAGCGGUAAUGGGAGUAUCAGUAUUCAAGACCUUCUGGAUCCUCUUCGAGGAACUCCUAGUUUCAGCAAGCUUAGGAAAAGGAUUGAACAUGUUGAGAAGAAAGGAGAAACAGUUCAAGCUCCACUUCCCAAGCCAGAACGAGAGAGGGUGGAGAGGGGGGUAGCAUAUGACCACACAAAGAAGGAUAUUACUAAAUGGGAGCAUCUCGUGAAGAGAAAUCGAGAAGCUCCCACACUCUAUUUUGACCAAGGUAAUGAUAUGGGUCUUCCAACCGUGGGAACUAUGGCCUCUGAGUUCAAACCACGAACUGAUUUUGAGAAGGCAAUUGCAUCAAUAUUGGAUAACAAAGAGAUCUCAGAAGCUUACAAGAAUGAUGGUGCCAAGCUUCUUGAGCUAAACAAGAUAUCUGUCGAAGAAGUGAAGGACCGCCAGAACAGACUUGCUAAAAUGCGCAGUCUUCUUUUCCGUCAUGAAAUGAAAGCAAAACACGUUAAAAAAAUUAAGUCCAAGACUUAUCAUCGCUUAAAGAAAAAAGACAAAUUGAAGGCAGCUUCUUCAGAUUUGCAAACUGAUCCUGAAGUCGCCAAAGAGUAUGCUGAGAAACAAGAAAGAAAACGAGCAGAGGCACGCAUGACACUGAGGCACAGAAACCAAGGAAAGUGGGCUAAACGUGUUCUUGAACGCGGUUUAAGUAAACAAGAUGAAGGUACUCAAGCUGCUAUAGCUGAGCAGUUGAAUCUUCAUAAUCUUCUGACCAGGAAAAUGAAUUCCAUGAAGGAUGGCAGCAGCAGUGAUGAUAGCAGUGAUGAGGAUGAGGAGGAUAUGUAUAGUUCAGAUGAGGAGGGGGCAUCUAAGUUAUUGGCUAAGGCAAAGGAGAAAACGAUUAAAAUAAUGGAACAAGAGGAUGAAGUGCCUGAUUCAGGGGUUCUUUCAUUGCCUUUCAUGGUACGAGGGCUGGAGAAAAGAAAGGAGGCUGCUAAUAAAGAAGCCAAGCGUGCUCUAGAGGAUUAUGAUUUAUCUUUAAACCAGACUGCAGGAAAGGGCCUGAAGGAAGGGACUUCCAGUGGUAGACGAGUUUUUGGUGUACCCAGAAAGAAGAUUGAAGAGGCUGCUAACGUAAAUCAUAGACCUGAUGUUGACAAUUAUGGCAGUGAUAAUGACGAUAUCAUUGAAGAGAAGGAUGAUAUUCAAAUGGAUGGUGUGAAAGGUCAUCACAUGGAAAAAGAUAUCGACAUUGAUUUGGAUGUACUUCGUGAAGAUUUGGAGACUGUUGAUGAUUCAGCUUUCAAAAGCGUUAUUGAUGUAGCUAAAGACUCUGGGCCAAGAACAAGCCACGAUGUUUCUGUUUUCACAUCUGGUUCAUGGAAACAGGUUAGAGCUAUUCUGGGUUCCACUUCUAAUACCACUGUCAGGAGUAUGCCGGAGGUUGUAAAACCUUCUCCAAGCAAUGAUAGUGAAGAGGAAGUAGAGGAUGACAGCGAUACAGACAGUGGUGGGCAUAUGAUAGAUGGGAUGUUGACUUCAGGGAAAGCUUAUGAACUACCGUCAAAUGAAGAGCUAAUAAAGCGUGCAUGCGGGGAUGAUGUGGAAGAAGAAUUUGAAAAGGUUAAAGAGGAUGUUUUGAAUGAAGAGAAUCCUGAGCCAGAGAAGCCCCUUCUGCUUCCUGGAUGGGGUCAGUGGACUGAUGUCCAAAAGAAAAGGGGUUUGCCUUCUUGGAUGCUGGAAGAGCAUGCAACUGCUAAGCAAAAGAGAGAAGCAGCUUUGAAAAAAAGGAAGGAUGCACGUCUUAAACACGUAAUCAUAUCUGAGAAAGUAGAUAAGAAGGGGGAGAAAUUGUAUGCAAAGACGCUGCCUUAUCCUUUUGCUUCGAAAGAUGUUUUUGAACAGAGCAUCCGUAUGCCUAUUGGCCCUGAAUUUAACCCUGCAACAGCUGCUGGGGCUCUUACCAGGCCAGAAGUCGUAAAGAAAUCUGGCAUGAUCAUUAAUCCUAUCAAAUUUGAAGAAGUAGAUCCACACGAAAGAGUAAAGGACCAGAAGCAACGUGGACGGAAACAAAAAUCAAAUAAUAAAAGUUCCGCCAAAAAAUCAAGGCGUAGUAUCAAAACAUAAGUGAGUGAUUUGGCACUGAUGUUUUUCCAUGACUUGUGUAAUUUAAUUAAGCACGCAAUUUUGUAGUGUUUAGGCAUGGGUUUUGUUGUAACAAGCUUUACCCAUUUUAGUGAGAGGGUGAGAUUUGUUUCAGUCAGACCACAGUCUACAGAUAUUUGGCCUGCUUGGCUAAGAUGUAUUCUUUUAUUUUGUGGGCAAUAAAGCUCCUGGAAAGUUUUAAAUCUUUUGAAUA